UGCUAAUAGAUGCUAGGGUAUAACUACUGGAAAACGAUAUUUGUCUUCCAUUUGAAAUGCUAAGGUGCUAACCCAAUCGAGCCAGACAGCACCACAGCAGGACACACAGUCGGCAAUAUCUGCAGUGAUGUGGGUGGCGGCGAAGCUAUCGUACGAGCCUCUCCUGCGAGUGCCGUUUUCAUCACCUAACUAUGUGCAAUUGAAGGUGUCCACAAUUUCAACUAUGAAUGUGAGGAACUUUCAGAGCUCAAUUAUCUGCUCUGAUUCUACCAAUUCCACGGCGGUUACUUCGUCCUCUCCACCGAUGACGGUAAAUAAUGCUCCUCCGGUUCUGAAGAAGCGAAAGAGGUACAGAAAGCUUUACCCUGGGGAGAGCACAGGAAUCACUGAAGAGAUGAGGUUCGUCGCUAUGAGACUCCGUAACAUCAAUGGCAAGAAACACUCUGACGACGAUAAUAGUUCCGACGUUGCUGACAAUAGCAACAGCUUAGAAACAUCCAAUGGCGAAGAUAAUGGCAGUGAAGAUGAAACGUGGCAGCCUAGUAUGGAGGGAUUGCUCAAGUACCUGGUUGAUAGCAAGCUCAUUUUUACCACCGUCGAACGUAUCGUGGAUGAAUCCACAGACGUUUCUUAUGCCUACUUCAGGAAGAAUGGGUUGGAGCGAUCGGAAAGCCUGUCAAAAGAUCUGGAAUGGUUUGGCCGACAAGGAUUUAUGAUUCCAGAUGCCAGCUCUCCAGGGCUUUCUUAUGCUAAAUAUCUGGAGGAACUUGCUGAGAAUAAUGCUCCAUUAUUCCUCUGUCAUUUGUAUAUAUAUAUUUUUUCACAUCUUGCAGGUGGUCAGGUGAUAGCAAGAAAGGUUUCUGAAAAGCUCCUGGAGGGGAAGGAGCUGGAGUUCUAUAGAUGGGAAGGAGAUGCAUCAGAAUUCCUGAAAGGGGUCCGGGAGAAGCUAAAUAUGCUUAGCGAGCAUUGGACUCGAGAUGAAAAAAACAGAUGCUUAAAAGAAGCAACGAAGUCAUUCCGGUUUCUGGGGCAGAUUGUUCGUCUGAUCAUCUUAUGAGCAGUUUUCUGAUACUUCAAUUAACAGCAGUGACUUGAUUUGACUUGUUUAACCUGCUGCUGUACUUUUGCGUGAAUGCUAAUGCUGCGACCCGAGCUCAGCUCACAGAUGACAAUUGAAAAUAACCAAUUAUAUACAGUGCACUACAUUUAAGGGCUUGAGUCCAUCCCAGGCUGAAGAGAACAAGAUCACUGGAGAGGCCCAUUAGCUGGUGACUCUCUUCGUGUUGCCUUAUCAUUCUUAUCCGUUCGCCCAAUAACGAAUUGGUCAAUGAUUUUAACAGUCUGUACAGGGUCCUGCUGAGCUGUGGCUGCCCUCCAUUUGCUGGGAUACCUUCUCAGAUAGCUCAACUGCUCUGCAUCUAUUGGCUCCAUCCCAAUCAGGGUCUAGUUUCCACUCCUUUGGAACCUGCACUUGUAAAAUGGCAUGCCAGUUUCAUAAACCGAAGAAAGCAUAUCAAAUUCCCACCACAAACUCAAAAAAAAAAAAAAAGGAGGUAGUAAGGUAACAGAAUUUAGAGCUGGUCAUUAUCAUCGUGUUCUAGAAGCUUAAAUUAGGUAUCAUUCACACGAGAGUGACACCAGUUAAGCAAACUGUGGCUCAUUAGAAAUUUCCAUCUUAUACACCUAGCAACUCUUGUGCAUCAUUCACCUAAGUUUCGAGCAAUAACACUCAACUUGUGUUGCUACUAA